AUGAUGCACCGUCAGUUCCAAGGUCAGAUGACAUCGUUCGUCGGAGGAAGCUAUUGUGCGGCUUGCGUACCGAGGGAUCAGAUCGCCUCGUUGUUCGUGGGGGACCUUCAUCCAGAAGUGUCCGAGUUCAUCCUCCAUCAGACGUUCAGCCCGUUCGGUCCGAUCCAGUCCGUGCGGGUCUGCAGAGACAGGGUGACUCGGCGAUCCCUGCGGUAUGGUUAUGUUAACUUUGUUAACCUCGCCAAUGCCGAGAGUGCCAUGGACAACCUGAUGUGCCAGGAACUUCUGGGCAGACCCAUGCGGAUCAUGUUCUCCCAGCGUGAUUCCACGGUGAGGACGACUGGGGUCGGGAACAUCUUCGUCAAGGGUCAGGCCAGCAGCAUCCAUGGUGCCUGCCUUCAUGAAAGCUUCUCGCUUUUUGGGAAGAUCCUGUCCUGCAAGGUGGUCUGCGAUGCAAACGGAUCCAAAGGUUAUGGAUUCGUCCACUUUGCCACCUUUGAAGCGGCAGAGAAGGCCAUCAAAGCGCUUGAUGGCAUGUUGUUGGACGACCAGCUGGUGUCCAUUGGCCACUUUAAAACCUUCGAAGAGCGUCGUGUUGAUGUGCAGGUCAUGGCUCAGGACAAUGAGAGGCGCUACCCGGUGAGAGUCUCCGCCCACCCAUGCCAUUCGUCCUGUGGGAUGCCGGUAAUACUCGGCCUCCGCGCCUGCUGGUCUCUCAGGUGCUCCUGGAAUACUGGGUCAGUGCUCAUGCAUCUGAUCUCACUUCGAGAUUACCGAAUACCACUCAGGGGUAGUAUUAAAGUAAUAGAGUGA